AAUAGUUGGAAAUGUUGAUAAACCCUAAACCUGACCAGGCUAACCCAUCUUCCAUUGAUUAUGCAAUUGAGCAUUCACAACUACAUAGAGAGAAUUACAAACAACACGAACACGUGAUGUAAUAGUGUUACUUACUUCUGGAACUCUCAAUUCUCUACGGGCAGGACCACCAUUUUCUACCAUGGGUCGUCACUCAUCGACCAACCACUCUCCCUCCUCCCGCCGUCACCGGAGCCACCGCAGCAUCUCCCCGCCGCCGCAAGAGAAGCAUCGGCAUUCGAGUCGCGGGGCGGAGGCGGACCGUCCGGGUUCUGGUUCGCCGGAUCCUCCUCCUCGCUCCCCCUCUCCACGAACGAAGCGCUUGAAGAGAGCUCAACAACCUGAACGUGAGCGCGAGAGGAGCAGAGGGAGGGGUUCGGAGAGGGAAGGUGUUGAGAGGAAGAGGGUGGAGAACGACGAGGAGGGGGACGGCGAGAGGAGCAGAGGGAGGGAUUCAGAGAGGAAGAGGACGGAGAACGAUGAUGAGGGUGACGGUGAGAGGAGCAGAGGGAGGGGUUCGGAGAGGGAGGCUGUUGAGAGGAGGGAGAGGAAGAGGACGGAGAAUGAUGAGGAGGGUAAUGGCGGAGGAAGGAACAGCAGGUCGUCAAGGUCGAGGCACGAGAGGUCAUCGCCGGAGCGCCACCACAACGGAAGGAGCAGGCACAGGUCUCAGUCGCCGCAGCGUCACGACUACGCCGGGAACACAAAGCCUCGUGAUGAGCAUACAAACUCAAGAGGUGCUGAACAGAUGAAUGACGAUGAUUCUAUCAUGAAGAUGAAGGCUGCUGAGGAGGCUCUGGAAGAAAAACAGAAGCAAAAACCUUCAUUUGAGCUAUCAGGAAAUCUUGCCGCUGAAACAAACCGAUUCAGAGGUGUUACUUUGUUGUUCAAUGAACCGCCAGAGGCUCGAAAACCUGAUGUUAAAUGGAGGCUUUAUGUUUUCAGGGGUGGUGAAGUGCUGAAUGAGCCCCUUUACAUUCAUCGCCAAAGUUGUUAUCUUUUUGGAAGGGAGAGAAGGGUUGCUGAUAUCCCAACAGAUCAUCCAUCUUGCAGCAAGCAACAUGCUGUUAUUCAAUUCCGGCAAGUUGAAACGGAGCAACCUGAUGGUAUGUUAUCAAAGCAAGUAAGGCCCUACAUAAUGGACCUCGGAAGCACAAACAAAACUUUCCUUAAUGAGAGUCCCAUUGAACCUCAACGUUAUUAUGAACUGAGGGAAAAGGACACCAUUAAAUUUGGUAAUAGUAGCCGAGAAUAUGUAUUACUACAUGAGAACUCUGCUGGAUAAUGAGCAUUAACCUCUCCAAAUCCACCCCUCAUCAGAAGCGAUUGAUACAUGUACCAGCAGUUUUUCUAAUUAUGUCCAACUUUUGUGUAUUCCAUCUUUUCAGAAGAUUAUAGGUUAGUUUGUCUCAGUUUCUUGAUAUCCAUACAAGACACUAAGUGGAUAUUUAUUUUAUGUUGUAAAGUACUAUCUUGUGGGCUUCUGCCAAAUGAGAAUUUUAGAGCAUUGCUUAAGCAAAAUGAACCCUUUAAGCUGAUAA